AACUGCCAGCUGAUUUCCAUGGCCUCGCCGGUGACGGCCGGAUUGAAGAUGAUUAACGGCGCCGUGACGGCUCAUGGCCGUGUUUCGAAGGAUGAGAACACCGGCUUCUCCUUCGUUAACUGCACCAUCGGCGGCACGGGCCGGAUUUGGCUCGGCCGCGCAUGGCGUCCCUUCGCACGUGUCAUCUUCGCUUUCACCUCCAUGACUGACAUCAUCUCCCCAGAAGGCUGGAAUGACUUCAAUGAUCCCUCAAGAGACCAGACUGUCUUCUAUGGAGAGUACAAGUGCAGUGGUGCAGGUGCUAACCAGAACUUGAGAGCGCCUUAUGUCUUGAAGCUGAAUGAUGAACAAGCUGCUCCUUUUCUUAAUUCUUCUUAUAUUGAUGGAGAUCAGUGGUUGCAGCCUUACAGCUAA